GACAAAUAGUCCCUAACUCUGAGAGAUCCUCACUCUGUUUUUUCAGCCUGUUUAUAAUAACCAGACAAUCCGAUUCAAUCUCAUAAGGGCCAAACUCCCUCUCAUUCAUUUGCUCCAUCGCGAAAAGAAUGGCCCUUCCCUCAGCAAUCGGCGGACUCCAAUUUUCGGUCUCCCUCCUAGCAGCUGCGAAAACAAACUCCCCUGUCCAAUCUCUGACUACCAUCGCUAGGUUGGUUCCUUCAUUGCCAAAGCACCCUGCAUCCGUGUUCACCUUCAAUACCCCAACACUUGGUGGUUCCCAUUGUACUCUUCUUCGGUUCAGGCCUUCCCUCUUCACCUGCAGCUUUUCCUGCUCACUCUUAUAUUCCCGGAACAUAGCUUCUGCCUUUCUCGCAAUUUCCUCUUCCUCAAGCUUAGGGCCAUUGAAAACUUGAUUGUUUCGUUCCACCCAAAGAAACCACAACAAACAACAAAUCCCUCCAAUCGUUUCCUGGUCUGCAGUGGUUAGCAACUUUAUGGGUUUAGUUCGAUUAAAACCGAAAAACCAAUAGAAACCAAUAAGAAUGUACAAUUGUACACAUAAUGAUAAUAAAAUUAUUUAUCAACAAUUUUUUUUUUCUUUUGAUAUGCAUGCCAACCAAUAAUUUGUAAUGGUCAUUUUAUCAUUUACAAUUAUUAGGACGUUUAUUCAAUAAAAAGGAGGGAAAUGGAAAUAAAUAUGAGUGUAUGAGUACAUGUUGGUUUGUUGGUUAUCCAAACCAAAACCAUUAAGUCCCCUAUUGAUUUUUUGUACCAAAAACCAAUACGGGCCUUAAUGGUUUUGGUUUUUGCGAAUUUGGUUUUUGGUUUUUCAUACUUUAUGGUUUGGUUAACCAAACCAAACCAAAUUGACAGCCCUACCUGCAGUCACGAAUCGCCACCCAUCCAACCCGAAAAAGAAUGUGCACGGAUAGCAUGUCACAAUUAUACCAACUUACUAGUUAGUUUUUUUUUUUUUUUUACAAUAACUUACUAGUUAGUAGAUGAGUUAAUUUUAGACCAAAACUCAUCAUGCUCGCUUGUUGUCCACCUCUACAGCAUACUUGUGUUUCUGUGAUUUUCUAUAAUUUUGAUAAUGACAAGUGUGCCCUACAAAUCUAAUUAAUUGUAGUCAACCCCUUGAAAUAUAUAAGUAAUCAAAACGAAAUGUUCAGGAUGUAGAAUUAGCACUAUGUUAAAAAAUUAGUUAUCCUAACCUCUACAUGAUGAUGCAUGCUUGCUUAUCAGUGGUUGUGAAUAUGUAAAUUGACACGCACGACCAUAGAUAACGUUGGACGGGCAUUGGGUAUUGCUUUCGAUCUGUCCCGCUAUGCCCCUUUUUCGUUCUCGACCUGUUCUAUCAUGAUUUGCAUCAAUAUUUUCAUGUGUUUUUUCUCUUAUUGCAUCUCUAGAAUCAUAUUUCCAUUCCUAAGAAAUUUGAAGAAUAUAUCAUCCAAAUAUUUAGACUCAAUUAUCAUUUAUACUAUAUUUCUCGUUCAUUUAUGAAGUUUUUUCUCUAUAUGUUCUUAUAAAAGAGUUAAAUAUAUGUAUAAAAAAUUGUUAUAACAUAUAAGAAUGGGUUGACGCACCCACCUUGUACCCGGACGAGUAUUACUUGGUCUCACCAACGAAUAAAUAUUAAGGUAUCCACCCCAUUAUGUACCAUUGUCAUCACCAAUUUACUUAAAUAGAUUAGUGGAUUUAUUCCAAUUUAUUGGAUGUCGAACAAAUAUUUGGAGUUAUUAAUACUCUCUAACUAGGUUAUAACCCGGCUGGUUGGCUAGAAUAUUCAUAUAUGAUUAUUUAUAUUUUUAUGUUACGUUGGAGUCUAUCAGCUCGUUUAAUCUUAUUGACAAUCCUUCCAUCGAGAUGAUACAUAAAGAAAAAAAAUAUAUAGGUCAAACUUUCGGAGAAAUAUCAUCAUCAAUUAAAAAUAUAAAUAUACAAUAUGCCACUAAUCAAAAUGAAAUGGAGAAUUGUUGAUUCAAGUCAACUAUAUACUAACAACUCAACUAAGAGAUGGACCAUCAAAACUUAAGAGUAAAUAAUAAAGUUAGGGUUACCUCCAAAUUACUAAUAGACUCGAUCAAAGUAAUAAGACACAAAAUUAGACACUCUUUAUCUCUCAGUUCGAGUAGGUUGAAUAAAGAAUCGACCUCCUUCAGAAAAUCAAUCAAUGAUUCCUUGUUUUAAGAUAGAAAUAGGUUGUGAUAGCUGCAAAAACCAUAAAUCUAAAGAUCCAAUAGCCACCACUAUCCGUUGUACAACCAAAUUUGUUAUCUCAAGAGACAUAUGUUUCAACCAAAAAUUAAAUUUCUAAUCCUCG